AUGGAUAAACCUCAAGGCUCUAUGAACAAGCCUAAACCCCCUAUUAAGAUUGAGGAAGACACUAAUACCACUAUGAAGCAAAUUCUUAUCAAAAUCCCUGCUGGAAACGAUGUAGUGGAGUCCAUCGUCAAUGUUGCUUUACAUCAUCAAGCUAAUAUCACAGUACUAAAGGGUAGUGGUCUUAUCUCUGAUAUUACUUUUCAUAACCCAGUGUCCCAUGCCUAUGUAUUCACAUUACAUGGACCCUUUCAAAUGACAUCUAUAUCAGGAGAAUAUGUUAAUACCAACUAUGGUUGUGUUCCUUCCGGGCUCACUGAUGAACCUACUUAUUCCUCCUUUUCCAUUUUCCUAACCCGUGGUGAUGGAAAAGUGUUUGGUGGGGUUGUUCAAGGAAAGGUUAAGGCUGCAGGUGAUAUUCUAAUCGCCGCCACUCUUUCAAAGAAGUCCAAGUCUUUUAGGGGAGGCCACAAUCAUUUGAAGUAUUCAAGAAUUUAA